ACAAACGCGGAAGUGAUUUGACGCACAGCACGCAGAGCCAAGAUGGCGGCGCGCAGCUACCGUUCUCCGGCUCUGUUAGUCAUUCUGUGUAGUUUAUCGUUGUUAAUUAUUAUAAAUGCACAAGCAACAACACCGACUCCUAGUAGCCCUAAUCUUUCGGCGGACACGGAGGCAGAAACCCCCAAAGCAGCUCCGGGAACGGCCGUGGAGCAGGACAAACAGUGGGAACCGACCGACUUGAAGGAAACCACCCCUAAAAAAGAUGCUGCUGUCCCCACAGAGAGUGCACCUCCACCCGGGACAACAGCCAGCUCCACCGGGCCUCACCAGAAGGAGGAUUUUCAGGAGGAGCUGGUGAUCAGACCGCUUCAUUCUGGAGAUAUUUACGCGAGCUUCCAGUUCCGCACUCUCUGGGAAACUGACUUCAUGAAAGGAAAGAAAGUGUCCCAUUACCGGCUGUUCCCUAAGUCUUUGGGGCAGGUUAUCUCUAAGUUCUCUGUGCGGGAGCUUCACAUCUCCUUCACUCAGGGAUACUGGAGGACCAUGCAGUGGGGACAGCCCUUCCUCCCUGCUCCUCCUGGGGCUGAGCUCUGGGUCUGGUUUCAGGACACUGUCACAGAUGUGGAUGGCACAUGGAAAGAGCUGACGAAUGUUUUAUCCGGGAUCUUCUGCGCAUCUCUGAACUUCAUCGACUCCACAAACACAGUCCAGCCCAGUGCCUCCUUCAAACCUCUGGGCAUAGGCAACGUGACAGACCACCGCUUCCUUCGCUAUGCCACCCUCCCACGAGAAAUAGUUUGCACUGAAAAUCUCACACCCUGGAAGAAACUGCUGCCGUGUGGAUCCAAGGCAGGUUUGGCGGUCCUGAUGAAGUCUGAGAAGCUUUUCCACAGUAGUUUCCACUCGGAGGCGGUGCACAUUCGGCCUGUGUGUGGAGACCCUCAGUGUAAGGCCAUGUCUUGGGAGCUCAGGCAGACGCUCGAUGUGGUGUUCGACCUGCACACCUCUGGACAGGGCAAAAGAGAGUGGUCUUUGUUCAAGAUGUUUGCCCGGACCCUGACCGACGCCUGCCCCCUGGCCUCCACCAGCAAAAUAUAUGUGGACAUCACAGACAAUCCUGAGGGGGAGCAGUUUGAGUUGACUCCAGCCACUCCUCUCCUGAGCCAGGCAGUGGUGCUGGGAGAUAGGCGGACUUUCUCUGUGUAUGAUCUGACUCAAGCCUCCACCUUUGGCACCAUGCGGACUUUUAACCUGCAGAUCAAAUGGAAAAGCACAGAAGGGGACAUGCUGCGCCCCCUGCUGCAUGCCGAGCGGUACGUAGCGGGGUACGGGCUGCAGACAGGAGAGAUCCACACCCUCAUGUACAACCAGCACCCGUACCGCUCCUUCCCCGUGCUGCUGCUGGACUCUGUGCCCUGGUACCUGCGCCUCUACGUCCACACGCUAACAGUCACCAGCAAAAGCAAAGACAACAAGCCCAGUUACAUCCACUACCAGCCGUCUAAAGACCGCAUCCAGCCUCACCUUCUGGAGAUGUUGGUGCAGCUUCCUCCAAACUCUGUCACUGAGGUCACGGUGCAGUUCGAAAGGGCUCUGCUCAAAUGGACCGAGUACACGCCAGACCCAAACCAUGGAUUCUACGUCGGAUCCUCAGUUGUCAGCGCUCUUGUACCAAGUAUCGUCGCGAUGGACACCAACAACACCCAGGGCCGCCCUCUUUUCAGCAGCUUUUUUCCCACCAAAGAAGAGUCCAGCUUCUUCAUCCGAGUUUAUACCGAGCCAUUAUUGGUGAACCUGCCCACUCCAGACUUCAGCAUGCCCUACAACGUCAUCUGCCUGACCUGUACUGUAGUGGCAGUGGGCUACGGCUCUCUCUAUAACCUCCUCACACGCAACUUUCAGAUCGAAGAACCGAGCCCGGGACUGGCCAAGAGGAUAGCCAACGUCAUCCGAAAAAUGAGGGGCGUACCACCACUAUGAGACCGGACGCUAACUCCAAACGGCGCUGUUUAUAAGAGGUGACUAUUGGUGUAACACUGGUGAAAUAAUAUUCAGGGAUAGGCUGAAAUCCUGUGUGAAUGCUUUGAAUGAAGACAAAACUUGGGUUGAAUGAAUGACGGAUGUAUUUUUAGUUGCUGUCUUCCUGGUAAAGAAGGCAUCAGCUAGUUUGCUUUGAGAACACUUGUUUUAAUAGAAAUUUGGAUGCUGUCAUCACACCUCCAAUGAAAAUGUGAAAUACUAAACUUACAACAUUCAUUCAAAAAUAUUCUGACACUAUAGUCUGAUAAAUGUAGUGAUCCAACAGCUCAUCAGAUUGUCCCUAAGUUCUUUUGUUUACUUUUUAUAUAAUUUUUGCCAAUGCAUCUCUAUGAACAUUUUCCACAUCUUGCCUAUAACAUGAAAGUGUGUGAUAUUUUUGAGGGAUGCACAAACUGGAUGUCUUGAAUUUCUCGGUGAAUGAAUGUCCUAGAUUGAAAGAGUUGCUUUUGUUCUGGGUAUGGUGUCAUAAAACCUUUUCAAAAACAUUUUUUAUUUGGAAGUUUGCCCUAUAUUCUCAAUGCCUUCCAGUGGUAUAUUGUAUUAAACAGGUCAACCACUUCCUCAAAAAACAGGUGUGCAACUGUUUUGUAAACUUUAAUUACAUGAAUUGACAUUUGGCUCUCACGCCCAGAUACUUGGAUUCGGGACCUUCCUUGUAUCUAGAUAACAAAUGAAGAUUGUAUCUCUUAGAAAUUUUCACUUCACUUCUUGUAUAAACUAUUGCCUGUUUCUUGUAAAACAGGAUUCCAUUAGAAUUAUAAAUUGAAAUGAGCAAAAGACAUUUUGACUCCAUAAAGUGUGAUUGCCUUAAGUUUCUGCCAUCUCGCUCUACCCUAACCCUAAUCCUACUAACGUCUAAAUUUUAAGUUCCAAAUUCUAAAAUCUAAAUUUCUAAAUUCUAACCUCUAACCUUUAACUUCCACAUUCAAAGUUCUAUAUUCUAAGACCAAAAUAUCUAAAUUCUAAGUUACAAAUUCAAAUUUCUAAAUUUAAAAUUCUCAGUUCUAAAUUUAAAGUUCCAAAUUCUAAGACCUAAAUUUCUGAAUUCUAAUCUCUAAGUUCUAAAUUCAAAGAUGUACAUUUCUAAAUUCUAACCUUUAAGAUCUAAAUUCUAAGUUAUAUAUUGAAAGUUCUAAACCUAAAUUCUUGCCCCUAGCCCCUCACCCCCCUAACAUAAACUACCUAUUUAUUUAUUUAUUCCCUAUUUAAAAUGUGUUUAUUUACACGAGUUGAAUCUUUGCUGAGCUGGCCUUUUACCAAAUGUUUUGGGUUUUUUUUACUCUGCAUUUUGGAUUUUGGAGUUGCACUUGAAUGUAAACCGCUUCUCUACAUCCAACACAGUAAAAUGCAUUAACUGUUAUCUUCUCAAAUAGUUUUAAUCAACAGAAAAAGCCUCCAAACUAAAACUAAUUUUCUCUACAUUUUUGCUAAUUUCUUAUGAGUGUGCAUGUUAUUUGUUACAUAAAUGGUUCCACUGUGAAUGCUUAAAAGACACAUGUCAAUUAAUACAUAAUAAAUGCUGAUUAAUGUGUAAUAAUUGAU